AUGCGCACUUUUGCCAAGGUUGCCAGGUCAUCUUGGGGCCUUAGUAGUCUGGCUAUGGGAAUGAUAUAUGAUAGCAUUUUUCUACCCGUUCUCACUUAUGGCUGUGGCAUUUGGGGCUCUGCCGCAGUUAAGGUACAUCAAAAACGCAAAUUGAUCUUGGCACAACGUAGAGCUUUGUUGAUGAUAACAAAAGCAUACAGAACAACAGCUAAUGCUAGUUUGCAAGUGUUUGCUCGCAAGCCGCCUAUUGAUAAAUAUAUUAACUACUUACAAAAAAUUUGGAAAGUCAAAUGUGGUAAUCAUCUUACCUCUAUGUCAAACUCCUUCACUGAGGAAAGCUGGGAGAAAAAUACUUUUUAUAAAGACACUUUUAGCCCUUACACUAACAUUAGAUUUAUCGAAGCUUCUACUAGUUGUGCCAUUAAAAUUUUUACCGAUGGUUCGAAGUGUGACUGUCAUGUUGGUGCCAGUUUCGUUGCUUUUCGCAACAAUAUUGAAAUUUACUAUAAUGUUUUUAAACUUGGUCCACUUUGUAGCAUUUUUCAAGCAGAGUUAUAUGCUAUUUUACAGGCAAUCGAGUGGUGUGAACGGGCUCUCAAUAAUGCCAAAAUUGCAAUCAUUACCGAUUCACUAUCUUCUCUCUCUACGAUUCGGAGGAAGUCUGUUCAUCCUCUGGUCUUUAGUAUUCAAAGACUGUUGAUUGAGUCUGAUAAUGAGUAUUAUUUUAAUUGGACGAGAUCACAUUGUAAUGACUACGGCAAUGAUCGGGCGGAUCAACUUGCUAAAAUGGCGGCUGCUGACCAGAACAUCUCUAUCAGUUACAAUAUGAUUUCAAUAAAAAUGCUGAAAGAGGUCCUUUGGAACGAUUUGCUUGUUGAGUGGCAGCAUAGUUGGGAUGCCAACACUUCAGUUACGAAACAGUUUUUUUCUGAUAUAUUGAAAUUUUUGAAGAACACUUGGAUUGAAGUUACUCAUCAUUCUAUACAGUUUUACACUGGUCAUGGUUGUUUUAAUUCAUAUCUUGCUUGCUUUACCUUGCAUAAUAACAGUCUAUGUCCUGUUUGCAACACCAUUGACAGUAGUUUCCAUUAUAUUUUUGAAUGCCCCAUAACUGAGAUUGAAAGAUAUCAGUUAUGCACUUUUCUAACCAGUAAAAAUUGUUCUUGGCUGUGUGAUGCUCAAGACCUUACUUCGGAUAAGGAAACUUACAAUUUACUUGUUUAG